UUCCAGUGCACACAGCACCGUGCCUGUAACACUGCAAAUAUGGCCAGCAAGUUGAGCCCAGAGCAGAUCACAGAGUACAAAGGAGUUUUUGAGAUGUUUGACGAGGAGGGCAACGGAGAUGUGAAGACGAAGGAGCUGGAGAGGCUGAUGAGUUUAAUGGGAAUCAACCCUACAAAGCGAGAGCUCGGUCAGAUGGCCAAGGAGGUGGACAGAGAUGGUAAAGGUGUCUUCAACUGUGACAGCUUUCUGGGCCUGAUGGCACUGUACCACGAAAGAACCAAGAACCAGGAUGCUGAGCUGAGAGCUGCUUUUAAAGUCUUUGACAAAGAGGCAAAGGGAUACAUUGACUGGAAUACACUCAAAUAUGUGCUGAUGAACGCCGGAGAACCACUUAACGAGAUUGAGGCCGAGCAGAUGAUGAAGGAGGCGGAUAAAGAUGGAGAUGGAACGAUUGAUUAUGAAGAAUUUGUGGCUAUGAUGACUGGUGACUUGUUUAAAAUGAGCUGAAGAUGUCAUGAAGAUGGGCCUGACGCAGCUGCCGGGGAUUGCGAGACACACGAGACACGGCAUAGAAUAAUACAAACCCUUAACAAUAAACUCAAAAG